UUCGCCCCCAAAUCCUUUCUUCCCCGAGCUGAGCCCCUCUCCCCCUCUCUCCCCCAUCCUAGGGCUCCAUCAAAUUCAUCUCCAUUGCUUGAGUUUUCUCCGGUGGAUUUAGGCCAUUUUCAUCACUCAAGGCAUGGCUUCAUCCGGUUCCAUGACGAGGCCACCGUGUGCUGAUCGUGAAGACAUGCCGAACAAGUGGGAGAACGCCAAGCUGGACGAGGUGACGGAAAAAGUUAACAAAACUCCAUCAUGUUGGUGUGGAGAUGUUUGCAAGGUGAAGGUGUCCACCGACCGCAAGAAGUUAUGGACGGAAGGGAGAAGAUUCUUUGUGUGUCCCAACUAUGCACAUGAUCGGAGGCUACCAACAAACGCAUAUGACGUACCACCGUCACCGCCUCCUCUUUGCAAGUACUUCACAUGGAUAGAUCAAGAUGUUCCAGAGGAUGUCAAAAAGGACCAAUAUCAAGAUUGUCUUAGGAGGCAACGGCGGUUUGAAGAAGCAUUUCAGAGGGGCUUGGACGAAGAGCGUCGUCAGAAGGAGAAGAUGGAACGAAAGAAACGCGAGGAGGAGAGGGCACGCAAAGAGAAGGUUGCUCGUGCAGAAGAGAGGGCAAGAAAGCUUGCACGGGCUCGUGAUGCACAAGAGGAGGAUGAGGCACGUUACAAGAAGGGCAAAGGGCCCAUGUUUCCUUAGUGAUCUUUAGAUGCAUCUAUUGAAGUUGUAUGUUUGUGACUGUCCGAUGGUAUUUCGUAUGCCGGAUAUUUGAUGAUAUUGCGAUGCUUGAGACUAUUUUAUUCCACUAUGUAUGAACUAUUUGUGAUCUUUAGUGUUGAACUAUU